AUGGGGGGGUCAGUGGAGGCUGAGGAGGCCUCUGCUUGGAAAGCCACCUUGGAAUCCAGUGUGCCGGCCCACUCCCAAAUGACCAGGGUGGAUCUGAGGAGCUCAGGGACUACAGGGACAAGUAAAACCCCAACACUGCCAAGUGUAAAACCUGUGAUUCAGGAUCUGGAAGAGCCAUGCCUUGAUGCACAACACAGAGACUCUGGGCUCCACGAGAAGGUGGAGUCUGGGAAGCGGCCUCCGGACAGCGGCCCCGGGGAGCUUCUUCAGGACUGCGAUGCUCACGCGCUCCUUCAGCACCGCCACUCACCGGCGUUUCUUGCAGACAGCUCGGCUUCUCAGAUAUCUCUGUGCGGCUCCCAGAGCAUGUCCAGUGGGGACAUGUCAGCUGUGCACGUGUCAGGUGACGUCAUGUUCAGUGGAUGGGCCCCACAGCAGAGCAGCUGGGGGCUGAAUGGGUCCUGGAGACCGGCGGAGCAAGACAAGAGCCAGAGCAAGAUGUUUGUCCCUGCUGGUGAGGAAAAGGCCUGUAGGAGGUCCAACCAAGGAGAGCAUGGAAGAGAAUUAGCAGAACCGAGGGCCUCCCAGGACAAUGGGAUGUUAAAUAAGGAUAAGGAAACAGUAGAGUCCUUAAGAAGCAAGUCCUGCCAGCUCGGACAGAAGGAGGAACAGGCUCCUCCAGAAAGCCACUUCACAAAAGAGAGACAGCACUUUCUGCAGGGGAUUUUCUCCAGUAAAGUUCCCCAGCAAAAAGGCAGGCCUCCGUCAGCCACUGCCCAGAGCCAGGGACAACACAACAGCAGAUCUGUUCCAGACAGCAGGGCUGCCGGGGCUCAGGGGAUCGCGACAGCCAUGGGGCAGAUCCCAGAGGAGAGAAUCACACUUCAACAUGGACGUCCUCCCUCGGAGUUAAAUUGGCACAAAGGGCAAUUCCAGGCUCCAGCAGGAGAAAAUGGUGCCACAGACUUCUUGUACCACAAGCUUCUCUCCUGUGAAGAGCAAGGGAGAGUGACGAGAGAGGAAGCCUGCAAUCUCCAGGCCACCCUGAAGGGCCACAGCAGUCCUGGCAAGAGCAGGCUGGCCAGAGACAAGGACGGCAACAGGGCCUUCCCACCCCGUGAGCUGGGGUGCCCAGCCAGGCCCAGCCAGCACGGGCCAAGGGCGGCAGCCUACAGCCCGCCACCCUGGCCGGUCCCCAUGGGAAAGCUGGAGCGAUGUCAACUUUGCGCCACAUGCAGCGCACACAGUGGGCCAGCUACAGGGCCGCCCCUGGAGGGUGGAGGAGUCAAAUGGGUGCAGACGCUGGUGCUGCAUUGUCCCCUGGAGCCGCGUCCUGCCUCUGCGUGCAGCUCCCCUGCUCCUCCAGGGGCCCCCCGGGAGAGCCCAGCCAGGGUUUGUGGGACUGAGAUUCUGGGCAGAGAGACCCCACAUCGGGUCAGAGCACACCACCAGGUGGUCCCACAGAGGAGGAGUACGGGGAAUGGAAGCUGUCCAAGGAGUCAGGAGCAGACUCCCCUGGGGGGAAGAGAGCACAAGCCCCAGGAGGGGACGGCUGGGCAGGAAGGCCAUGGUGCCAGGGAGCAGGCUCGUGGCGAGGGGCACAGGGACAAGCAACGGGAGAGGAGAAAGGACACUGGGAGGAGCAGAGAGAAGCUGAGAGAGAAGUCCCGGAAGCAGGAUGCAGAAAAGCCCCAGAGCUGAGGAAAGAGGGACAGAGGCAAGGAGCCCUGGGCCCGAAGAGCGGAGCUACGGCAGACGGCUGCCCCCCAUAGCCUGCAGGCGCAGCUCCUGGAGAGAGCAGAGCACAGGGUGCAGUCAGAUGAUAAAGUAUGAACUGAAGAGAAGGAGAACGUAGAGGAAGACUCCAAAAGAGGAGACAGAGAGAGAGAGUGGAGACCCCAGGAGAGGAGGCCGCAGUGUGGUGACAGUGAAGACAACCCUCUUAAGUACUGGCUUUAUAAGGAAGAAGGUGAGAGAACACAUAGGAAGCAGAAAGAGCCAGAUCAAGAAAAGAAGCAUCAAGAAAAAAGCAGCACAAGGGAAAGAAGAGAAAAGUAUCCAAAAGGAAAAAGCAAUUCAUUCCCUGACAAGGAAGCAGCAGAGCAGAGUAGAGAGAAACGCCACAAGGAACGCUUCCACUUGGGUGAUGAGAGUCACCGGGGCCACAUGGACAGGAGACAGACGGGCUCCUGGCAGAAGCCAGCUCAGAGGCGCAGAUACAAGGUAGAGCCUUUAACUUUGGCGUCCCCUCCAGAUAAACGUUUUGACUCGUGCUUCUGUGCUGUCCUCAUACUGUCCAGCAUACUUCUUCUGGACAACAGGACUUAUCCUGUGGUCGUGCAGGACCACGCUGCCACCUGGAAAGUCAGCACUGACUGUCUUGUGAAGAGCACCCCGCCUUCUGUGCGGCAGACCUCCUUGAUUCUGCGGCACUUUGCCGCACAGCUGGUCACAGGGGUCUCGAGAUGGAAGAUGGAAAUUGAAAAGGACAACAUUCAUUUAGAAAAUGCUGUAGCUGAUGGAUAGACAGCUAGUUUUGAAGAUGAUUUUGAAGACUAUGAAGAGGACUUUGAGGUUUGUGAUGGAGAGGAUGACUAUAGUGCUAAUAAGCUAGAACCAAAAGAAAAAAUAGAAGAACUUCCUCCAGCCACAGAAAAGGAGAGACAAGAAAUUCAAAAAGUCAUUAAUGCAGAAAAUGAGUGGAUUGGACAGUUGUCAUUCAAGCUGUUUCAGAAGCAGGGUCUGAUGGCAGAUGCAAGGGAAUCCGAUGCAAACAGUUCCCCUUCCAGAGACCCUGUUUGUGGAAUUUUUGUGGAUUUUGCAACAGCCUCGCACAGUCGAAAGAGUCGGACUCAGGCCCUGAAGCAAAAGACGCGCAGUCUGAAACUGCUUCGGCUCAUUGACUUAGACUUCUCUGUCACUUUCUCUCUCUUGGACUUGCUGCCAGUAAACGAAUAUAACAUGUACAUCAGAAACUUUGGGAAAAAGAAUACUGAGCAGUCAGUGUAUGUUCAGUGUAAUGAAGAUAAUGUUGAGAACAUUCAGACCGAAGAGGUCGAGGCCCGGAAGGUGUGGACCCAGCAUCCGGGAGAAGGCGCUGCUGUGUCUGGGGGGGCUGAGGAUGGUGCUAUCUCUGGCACUGUGGCUGCACCCAAGGUCGACAUACCAAGGCUGUCCAGAUUCCUCUGGGCAGCUUGCCAGGUGAUUGCAGUUCUGCUGGGAGAAGACCAUGUGUUGGCUGAGCCCCACUGGAGCCCCGGGGCGCAGGGCAGUGUGUGGCCUCUCAGCGACAGCGCCUUGCAUCUGGACACUAGCCUGCCAUUCCUCCAAAGGAAAGUGUCUCUUCUGCAUGCCUCUCAGGUGCAGAGACAGAUAGUGGUGUCUGUCCAUGGUCAGCCUGGGAAGGCCUUCAACCCUGCGCUGGAUGGCAGAUAUGUGCUCUGCGUGUGGGAUAUCUGGUAGCCUUUGGGGCCUCAGAAGGUCCUGAUAUGAGUCACAUGCUGUUGCUUUAGUCCUUUUAAGGCCUUUUUGCUGUUUGCUGGAAUAGCCCGUGGCUCAGUGGUCGUGUGGGUAAAGGAAGACUCCCAGAUACAUUGGUAUGUGAAGCUGAGCAACUGCUUCUGGACAUUCAGGAUGCCGACAUUCUCCACUGAUGGGACCCUCACUCCAGCCAGCAGCUGCAGCGCUCUUCAGGCCAUGGAGCCCAUCUCCACAGACGCCCUUAAGAAGCAGAGUUUGGUGCUCUCACCCGUUUCUACUCAGGAGGAAAUGUCGGGGUUGUCGUUCCACAUCACCUCCUUGGAUGAAAGCGGGAUUUUCAACAUGUGGGUGGUGCUUGAAUUAUCAAAGCCAGAUAUUACAGGUUCAAUAAGUGAUUUAGCAUCCUCUGCUUAUGAUGAGACCUUCGUGCUGCGUGUGUCUGUGGGAGGCAGUGACGGGGGGGGCCCAGGUGCUCUGCCCUUCCUUGGCGUGGACUGUGAGCCAUACUCCCAGGCAGGUUUGGAGCUGAGCCACUUCCCUAGGCCUGUGCCUGGCUCCCAGGGGGGUCACAGCCUGGAGGAGGGCGCAGCCUGA